UCCGAGGGUCACACCUAAUUUACACCCUCCCUCCGUCCGAUUGCAUGCCUGGGGGGACCUUCACCGACCCUCAUCCUCCACACCUUCCCUGCUUCUUCUAAAGCAUAUUAUCAGCAUCGUAUUGUUAUUAUAAUAUAAUUCCCUGCAUCCACGCGUUUAUAUAAUAUCGACGGAUUGAUUGCAAGGCUUAAUAAUUAAUUCGAUUGCGGCUUUCUUUCUGUUGAACUGAUUGAACGGCAAGAGUAGCUCCGACAAGCGAAGCUUGCUACAAGGGCUUCGUCCAUGCAGUGGAUCUGGUCCUUUUAUAAAUUGAUAUUGCAGUGCACUUGGGGAAUUAAGCUGGGCAUGAUGAACUCCGGCAACCAGACCGCCCUCUCGUCCCCUGCCGACGUCGUGGUGAGUGGAUUACUGAGGCUGCUGCCGGAAAUCCGAACGGUGGAGCUAUUCGUGGCGGUGGCAAUUUUCGUGGGCAUCCAUGCGGUGAGACAGGGGAGAGUGCAUGGGCUGUGUGUGUGGCCGGUGGUGGGCAUGCUUCCGUCGCUGCUGCUCGCGCUCCGGCGCCACAUGUACGAGUGGGUCACCGGUGUGCUGGAGCGGCAGGGCGGCACGUUCACCUUCCGCGGCCCGGUGGGCACCAACCUCCAUUGCGUGGUCACCGCCGAUCCCCGCAACUUGGAGCACCUGCUCAAGGCCCGCUUCGCCAACUUCCCCAAGGGCCCUUACUUCCGCGACACCGUCCGCGACCUCCUCGGCGACGGCAUAUUCAGCGCCGACGACGAGACGUGGCGGCGCCAGCGCAAGGCCGCCAGCCUUGACUUCCACUCGGCGGCGUUCCGGGCCCUGACGGCGCACUCCCUGGUGGAGCUGGUCCACGAGCGGCUGCUCCCGGUGCUGGCGGACGCCGCGGAGCGGCGAGCGCAGUUGGACCUCCAAGACGUGCUCCUCCGCCUCACCUUCGACAACGUGUGCAUGAUCGCGUUCGGGACCGACCCGGGCUGCCUCGGCCCGGGGCUGCCGAAGAUUCCCUUCGCGAGCGCGUUCGAGAAGGCGACGGAGGCGACUAUCCUCCGUUUCGUGAUGCCGACGGCGGUGUGGAGGGCGAUGAGGCAUGUCGGGGUGGGAAGCGAGCGGUGCCUGAGGAAGUCCAUCGAGGCGGUGGACGAGUUCGCCUACGACGUGAUAAGGAAGAGGAAGGAGGAGGCGGCGGCAGCAGGGGGAGAACACGGGAUGACCAAGAAGGGCGAUCUGCUGACGUCGUUCAUGGGGAUGCGAGAUGAAGAUGGGAAGCCGUACUCGGAUAAGUUCCUGAGGGACAUCUGCGUCAACUUCAUUCUGGCAGGGAGGGACACCUCGUCGGUGGCGCUGGCCUGGUUCUUCUGGCUCCUGAACACCCACCCGGAGGUGGAGGCCCGGAUCGUCGAAGAGGUCGACAAGAUAGUGGAGGAGAGGGAGGAGGCGAUCACCGAGCCGGAGGAGGACUUGGUGCUGAGACCGGAAGAAGUGAAGAGGAUGGAGUAUCUGCAUGCCGCCUUAUCGGAGGCGCUCCGGCUGUACCCCUCCGUGCCGGUAGAUCACAAGGAGGUUGUGGAAGACGAUGUGUUUCCUGAUGGCACGGUGCUGAAGAAAGGGACGAAGGUGGUCUACGCGAUCUUCUCCAUGGGGAGGAUGGAGAGCAUAUGGGGGAAGGAUUCCCGCGAGUACCGACCGGAGAGGUGGCUCAAGGAUGGCCGGUUCUUAAGCGAGCCGGCGUACAAGUUCACGGCGUUCAACGGCGGGCCGAGGCUGUGUCUUGGCAAGGACUUCGCCUACUACCAGAUGAAGUUUGUGGCCGCCUCCAUACUGCGCCGGUACCGAGUGAAGGUGGCGGAGGGCCACCCUGUGGCGCCCAAGUUGGCCCUCACCAUGUACAUGAAGUACGGGCUCAAGGUCACCCUCACCAGGCGAGAUCAACACGAGGCAAUAUAAUAUAACACCAUUCGAUCGGAAAUUAAACACUUUGUUUGGAAUUAAUUAUUCACCUCGCUCAUAAUUACUAUUGUGCUUUUCCCAGAAUUUUAUGUACUCUAUUGAUAUGUAAUACGCGAUUUGAAACUCAAAAGUCUGAAUAAUAUUUUAAAUAUUUUUAAACUGAAUUA